UGUCCCCAGUGUCAGGAAGCUGAGAAUGCGUUUGUCCAAAGCAUUAGCAGACAUGGAGAUGGCAGACUAUACCGAGGCCCUGGACCCGGCCUACACCACACUGGAGUUUGAGAACAUGCAAGUGCUCGCCAUGAGCACUGACUCCUCACCUGCUGAUGGUGCCAGCAUGAAUGCUGCAAACCACCUGGGCACAGGUACCCUGUGUGCCAUUUGUGGUGACCGGGCAACAGGCAAGCACUAUGGAGCUUCCAGCUGUGAUGGCUGCAAAGGAUUCUUCAGACGCAGCGUUCGCAAAAACCACAUGUACUCCUGCAGGUUCAACAGACAGUGCAUAGUGGACAAAGACAAGAGGAACCAGUGUAGAUACUGUAGACUAAAGAAAUGCUUUCGUGCUGGAAUGAAAAAAGAAGCUGUACAGAACGAAAGAGACCGAAUCAGCACCAGGAGAUCCAGCUAUGAGGACAGCAGCUUUCCCAACAUCAAUGCACUAAUUCAAGCUGACGUCCUCUCCCGACAGAUUUCCUCUCCAGGCCCCAUCCUUAAUGGUGACAUCAGGACAAAAAAGAUGGCCACCAUCACGGAUGUCUGUGAAUCUAUGAAGCAACAGCUGCUGGUAUUGGUUGAGUGGGCCAAAUACAUCCCAGCCUUCUGUGACCUUCCCUUAGAUGACCAGGUGGCUCUGCUGCGAGCUCAUGCAGGUGAACAUCUUCUACUCGGUGCUGCCAAGCGCUCCAUGCUCUACAAAGACAUGCUGCUAUUAGGUAAUGACCACAUAAUUGCCCGGAACUGCCCAGAAUUGGAAGUGAGUCGUGUAGCAAUAAGGAUCCUUGAUGAAUUGGUCCUUCCUUUCCAGGAGCUCCAAAUAGAUGACAAUGAAUAUGCCUGCUUGAAGGCUAUUGUAUUCUUUGAUCCAGAUGCCAAAGGUCUGAGCGAUCCAAGCAAGAUUAAACGGAUGCGGUACCAGGUGCAAGUCAGUUUAGAAGACUACAUUAACGAUCGACAGUACGACUCGAGAGGAAGAUUCGGCGAGCUCCUGCUUCUGUUACCCACACUACAGAGCAUCACCUGGCAGAUGAUUGAGCAAAUCCAGUUUGUCAAGCUAUUCGGAAUGGCCAAGAUUGACAACCUGCUCCAGGAGAUGCUUCUAGGAGGGUCUGCAAACGAGGCCCCCCAUGCUCCUCCAUCUCUGCACCCACACUUGGUCCACGAGCAUCUCAGCAAUAAUGUCAUUGUGACCACCAGUAUGGCCACUCCUAUUCACAACGGACAGAUGUCAACACCUGAAACUCCAAUCCCAUCUCCUCCACCAGCUUCCAGCUCUGAGCACUACAAAUUGGCCCAAGGCGUCAUAGCCACAGUGCCUAAACAGUCAACGGCCAUCCCUCAACCCACAAUUACCAAGCAAGAAAGCAUCUGACUGCUUCCAUAAAACUACAUUCUGGUCAUUUUAAACAUACAGCAGCAAACUAUUCAUGGACAACAGGCUGCUUUAGAGAUUUAACUGUCAUUUUAAGGCAGUUAUUAGCAAAAUGCUCACAUUUUGGUCUAUUUGUAAAAUAGCUCUGUACAGGAGCCUAAAUAAGUUGCAUAGCACAUUUUAUAGUGAAGAAAAAUGAAAAUGUCCACAUUUUUAUUUUUGAAUGUUAAUGUGACCAACAGAUGAAAGCCCACAGUCAUAAAUAGUGGUUGUAGACCAGAAUAACCAACCCUCAGGAUUGUACAGUACUGUGGACAAGCCAUUUUAUGUAUUUAAUUAACCUCGCUUGUAGGCUAUUUUUCUUUACAUGCAUACAUAUUUAUACUCCCUUAGGAGAAAUUCACAAGGAGGAUUAGUAACAUAUCAGUAUAUUUAAUAAAAAUAUAACAUUUAAUGAAUGUUACAACAAGCUUUUCAUCUGGCAAAAUCAGAUGUGUAUGUUGUACAGUAUUUUAUCAAUGAAAUGAUUUGACAGUACUUAAUAAUGGACUACAUAACCUUGUGCCUUUAAAACCCUGAACAUUUGCCCAAACUGUUAUUUUAACAGUGAAAACAAGCUACUCUGUGUCUGCAGCUUGUUUUUCCUCAGAUGUAUCAUAGACAAAUGUAUGUCAUAGCUUCUUUUUUCUUGUGAACGUAUUAUCUAUUGUGACAUGCUACAUAAAACUACUUUGUUGCAUAACGCAAAACUCUGAGUAUUGACUAAUACCAGUGCUUACAUGAUACUGACAUCCUAAAAUUAAAUUAACUGACUCUCAA